GCAGGCGGCGACAGUGACCCACCCGGGAAGGGGCAGCAUAGACCUGGACAUGGAUGGGGACAUCUCGACAGGAAAGAUGGUGUCCCCUGCCUGCACCAUGGGUCCCUUGGACAGCCUGGAACUCCUGGACCUCUUGUUUGACCGGCAGGAUGGCAUUCUGAGAAAUGUAGAGCUGGCAGAAGGGUGGAGCCACGCCGGGAAGGAGCAAAAGGUUCUACCAAAUUCUGACUCUGAUGACUUCCUAAAUUCCAUCCUGGGACCCCGAGACUCUGACCCCAGCUCACCAAUAUGGUCCCCAGCUGACAGUGACAGUGGCAUCUCUGAGGAUUUGCCCUCAGAUCCCCAGGACACCCCUCCUCAUGGCAGCCCUGGAGCAGCUAACACCAUAGCCAGGUGUCACUCAAGCCAGCAAGGCAAGGGGCCCUGCCCCUCCUACCUACCCAGUGCCCCAUGCCCUGCACCUCCAAGCACACAAGUACUGGAGUCCUCAGUGGCCAUUGAUCUGGACAUGUGGAGCACAGACAUGCUGUAUCCAGAGGAGCAGGCUGGCUCACCUUCCAGAUUCAACCUCACAGUGAAGGAACUACUGCUGUCUGGCAGUGGUGGGGACUUGCCACAGCAUUCCUUGGCCACCUCCCAGCUGCUGGGACCUGGGAGUGGGCACUGCCAGGAGCUGGUGCUGACAGAGGAUGAGAAGAAGCUGCUGGCUAAAGAGGGGGUGACCCUCCCCACCCGGCUGCCUCUCACCAAGUAUGAGGAGAGAGUGCUGAAAAAAAUACGCAGAAAGAUCCGGAACAAACAGUCGGCUCAGGAAAGCAGGAAGAAGAAAAAAGAAUACAUCGAUGGUCUGGAGAACAGGAUGUCAGCUUGUACUGCCCAGAACCAGGAGCUACAGAGGAAGGUCUUGCAUUUAGAAAAGCAAAAUUUGUCUCUUCUGGAGCAGCUGAAACACCUGCAGGCUCUUGUGGUCCAGUCAACCAACAAGUCUGCCCAUGCAGGCACCUGUAUAGCGGUCCUUCUGCUGUCCUUCGUCCUGAUCAUCCUCCCCUCCAUCAGCCCUUUCGGCUCCAACAAGGUCAACAGUCCUGGAGACUUCGUGCCAGUUCGAGUGUUUUCCAGAACCCUCCACAACCACGCUGCAUCCCGCGUGGCUCUCGACAUCGUCCCAGGCUCCGAGGUCCCAGGACCCUGGCCAGACGUUGGCACACCCCACAAAGGUUCUUCUCCCAGCAGCCUCAGCACAGACUGGGGGAAUUUUAUAGAAAUACCCAUGCUGAGUGACUCAGCAGAAGAGCUAGACAACUCCACCCUGGUGCUGGUCAACACCACGGAGGACCUGGGUGGGGCCACCCUGCUGGACUGGGUGGCUUUGGAAUCACUGCUCAGCCCAGGCCGCAUGGGGCUGGAGAUGCCAGGGGUGGAGAUGUGGCUGUCCUGGGUUCCAAGGUGGCUCAGGGUCCCUCUGGUGUGGGGUGCUCUGGAGGUGCUGUGACCAGCAGUAGCACGUCCAGACUCAAGACAACCAUAGGGCCUGACAGCACCUCCCCAUAAGCUGAUCCCCGCAUGCCAAGUGGAAGUGGGACUGCCAGGCCUAGCACAGACCCCGGUGUAGGACAAGACAGACACUUACACCUGAGCCAGGACCCCCAACCCACAGAGACUUUCCUAUUCCCUGAUCACUGAGACAAUGCAGACCCUCUGGGGUCUGGGCUCCCCAAUCCGGGGUGCAGACUUGAGAGUACACAACACACGUCCAUCUCCUUUUUUUUCUUUUAGAGACAGGUUAUCACUCUGUAGCCCAGGUCUGCUUCGAACUUACAGAUUCCCCUGCCUAUGCCUCCCAAGUGCUGGGGUUAAAGUCAUACACCACCACCGUCCAGCUAUACACCCCCUUUUCUAAGACUGUGACUGUCAAUAAAGUAUUU